AGCGAUCGCGGCUGCGGGGGGCUCGGGCGGCGCGGCGCGGCGGCCCGCGGGGAUCGGGGCGGCCGGCCGGGCAGCGCCCGCGGUGGGUGGCGGGGCUCGUUCCCCAGCCCGGGGCCGGCAGGAAGGGGGCCCGGGGGGCGCGAGCAGGGGAAGCGGCGGAGGAGAGCGCGGCAUCGGCCCACGCGGGCAGGGCAGGCGGCGGCGGCGGCGGGACGGAGCAGCGGGAGAGAGACCGCCGGGGAGCGGGAGGUGGCUCGGCCGCACCCGCCGCCGCCGCCCGGGCUGAGCUGGGCUUCGGCGGACCCGGGGGCGCUGGUUCUGUGGCCGGCGGCUCUUUAGCCGGGGGAACGUCGCUGCCUUGAUUUCCCCACCUCCGGAGCGGACCCGGACUCCGCCAUGCAAACGCCCCGGGAGGCGGUAGGGCGCUGACAGGAGCCGUCCCGCGGGCGCCCGGUGUGUGGCCGGGACCCCACGCUGGGGGCGGGGGUGGGGGAUGCACCCGUGCCCAGCCGCCUCCCUGCCGUAGCAGCGAGCCCCGCCGAGCCGCCCCCCGGGCCGGACUUGGUGCAGCGGAGAAGCGAGCCUGCCAUGGGGCACCUGGUGGCGCGGGCAGCCUAGCGCGGGGGGCCGCCGCCGCCGCCCCGGGACCGCUCGCUGGACGCGCUCCGCCGCCGGGCUUCGUGCCUCUCUCUCCGCCUUGGCCCCGGGGGCAGGGUAACAAAAUGGCGCGGCCGGGCGCGGGGGCCCCGCUGCUGCGGGCCGCUGCUGGUCUGGCUUUCCUCGUGAUGGCCCUGCUGGGCGCCGGGGCCCGGGCCGGGGCCGAGCUGCGCUGCGCCUCCAGCUGCGCUUGCACCGGGGAGCUGCUGGACUGCAGCCAUCGGGGGCUGACGGAGCUCCCCAGGGACCUCCCCACCUGGCCCGUCUACGUAAACCUGAGCUACAACAAGUUGACGGAGAUCGAUCCUUCUGCCUUUGCAGAGCUGCCGAAUCUACGGGAAGUACGACUGAAUAACAAUGAACUGACAGCAAUUCCAUCCCUGAGAUCUCCUUCUUCCCACAUCGUCUCCCUCUACCUGCAUCACAACAGGAUCCGCAGCAUUGAAGCAAGUCAACUGAAGCCUUACGUUGCCCUGGAAACGUUGGACCUGAGUUCCAAUGACAUCACGGAAAUACGAAGCGGCUGCUUUCCACAGGGACUUCCCAUAAAGGAGCUCAACCUGGGGAGCAACAGAAUCAGCACCCUGGAGCCUGGUGCUUUUGAUAGUCUGUCAAGGUCCCUGCUAACACUUCGACUGAGUAAAAACAGGAUCACCCUGCUUCCUGUUAAGGCAUUCAAGUUACCCAGACUAACACAACUGGAGUUAAACCGGAAUCGCAUCCGCCUGAUUGAAGGCCUGACGUUCCAUGGAUUGGACAGCUUAGACGUUUUGAAGCUGCAGCGCAACGACAUAAGCAAACUGACCGAUGGGGCCUUCUGGGGUCUGGCCAAGAUGCAAGUUCUGCACCUGGAGUAUAACAGCCUGACACAAGUGAACAGCGGCUCCCUCUAUGGCCUCUCAUCUCUCCACCAACUUCACCUUAGUAACAACUUGAUAUCCUACAUCAACCCCGAGAGCUGGAAGUUCUGUCAGAAGCUGCAUGAGCUAAUAUUGUCCUAUAACAACCUAACCAGACUGGAUGAGGGGAGCUUGGCAGACUUGGGAGGGCUGCAUAUGCUGCGACUCAGCCACAAUUCCAUCAACCAUAUCGCAGAGGGAGCUUUCAAAGGACUCAAAAACCUGCGUGUUCUGGACCUGGACCAUAACGAGAUUUCAGGCACAAUAGAAGACACCAAUGGGGCUUUUACAGGCCUUGAAAACCUAAGCAAGCUAACUCUGUUUGGAAACAAGAUCAAGUCAGUGGCCAAGAAAGCGUUCUCAGGCCUGGAGGCCCUGGAGCACCUGAACCUCAGGGACAAUGCAAUCAGGUCUGUCCAACCAGAGGCUUUUGCUAAGAUGAAGAACCUGAAGCAGCUCCACAUAAACAGCGACAGCUUCCUGUGCGAUUGCCAGCUGAAAUGGUUGCCGCAUUGGUUAGCCGAGAAGGAGCAGCAGCCCUUUGUGGUAGCUACCUGCGCCCAUCCCGAGUCACUAAAGAGCAAGAGCAUUUUUGCCGUGCCCACAGAAAGUUUUGUGUGUGACGAUUUCCCCAAACCCCAGAUUAUUAUUCAGCCGGAGACAACCAUGGCCGUUCUUGGCAAGGAUAUCCGCUUCACCUGCUCGGCCGCAAGCAGCAGCAGCUCCCCUAUGACGUUUGCCUGGAAGAAGGACAAUGAGAUCCUGCACAAUGCCGAGAUGGAGAACUUUGCUCAUGCGCGGGCCAAGAACGGCGAGGUGAUGGAGUACACCACAAUCCUGCACUUGCGGCACGUCACCUUCGCCCACGAGGGGCGCUACCAGUGCAUCAUCACCAACCACUUUGGCUCCACCUACUCAAACAAGGCCCGGCUCACUGUUAACGUGUUGCCUUCAUUUAUCAAAACCCCCCAUGACAUCACCAGCCGGACAGGGACGACAGCACGGCUGGAAUGUGCGGCCAGUGGCUUCCCCAUCCCACAAAUUGCUUGGCAGAAGGACGGAGGCACCGACUUCCCAGCAGCCCGAGAGCGACGCAUGCACGUCAUGCCAGACGAUGACGUCUUCUUCAUCAUGGAUGUGAAGAUAGAGGACAUGGGCGUUUAUAGCUGCACGGCGCAGAACUCCGCGGGGUCUGUGCUGGCCAACGCCACCCUGACAGUACUAGAGACGCCGUCCUUGAUCCAUCCACUGGAAGACCAUGUAGUGUCUGUCGGUGAAACAGUGGCCCUUCAGUGCAAAGCAACGGGAAGCCCACCUCCACGCAUCACCUGGCUGAAAGGCGACCAGCCCCUGGUAGUGACUGACAGGCAUCAUUUUACCCCUGGCAACCAGCUGCUGAUUGUUCGGAAUGUUGUGCUGGAGGAUGCUGGGAAAUACACCUGUGAAAUGUCCAAUACCCUUGGAACGGAGCGUGCGCACAGCCACAUAAGCAUCUUGCAAUCCCUUGGUUGCAGGAAGGACAGGAUGACAGUGGGGAUAAUCACCAUUGCAGUGGUGUGCAGCAUUGUGCUGACGUCUUUGGUCUGGGUGUGCAUCAUCUACCAGACCAGAAAGAAGAGUGAAGAAUACAGCGUCACCAACACAGAUGAGACCAUUGUACCACCUGAUGUGCCAAGCUACCUGUCUUCCCAGGGGACUCUUUCCGACAGACAGGAAGUGGUCAUCAGAGUUGAUAACAGCCAACAGCCUAACGGGCACAUAGAGAACAAUGGUAUGUGUCAUACUGAUGCUGGAAGAAGUCCAGAUGUUGAAGCUCGCACUGUAGCUUGUAGACAGCCAAAGCUAUGUGUAGGAUAUAAUAAAGACACUUGGAAAACUGAAGACGCAGCUGAUGGAAUGCUUGUUCCAGAUAAGACAGGGUACAGCCUGCCAGUUGUGUGCACUGACUGUAGCGGAAGUACAGAUAGCAUGAAUGUCAACAUUUACCCCAAGGAUCCUGAAUACUAUUCUCAGCCAACUAAGACUAUGGAUAAUGCACCUCAAAAUGCAUUCAGCAGAAAAGAACCAAGUAGGAGAAAGAGCAGAGGUAGCAACCCUCUUCACCCUCAACAGUGCGUUGGGAUUGCCAGCAGUCGGAGAAUGGACACCGAUAGUACUCUGUAUCCCAGCAACCAUGACAGAAUGCCACUGUCGUCCUGCAUGAAUCAACCACUGCACGUGGACAGACAAGGCUCUUCACAACCUUUGGCAAAUGCUUCAGAGGACAGUAAGCUUAACUUAAAACCUUCAACUUCAGAAGACUCAGUGAAGCAGCUAAAAGGGACUCCUGAAAUUUCACCGACAUCACUGGAUAUACAGGGUGAGGCUGAAGCUAAACAAACUCUUCUUUCCAAUGGAUAUCUACCCAAAUUACAGGACUCCACUCAUGAGUUUAAGCCACCCAUAAGAUCAAUGGACUGAGAGGGGAAAAACUGCCGUGUGCAAAUGAACAAACCAACUAUUGACCUUAAUUUUUUGCACAGAAUACCUAGGCUACUUACUUCUACCUCAACUCUUGAACUGACAGCCUCUCCAAGGAAAAGGAAAACAAAUGAGGUAUGAGAAACAAGCUUGUGUGGGGAACAAAUUCCUACUUGAGCGUCACCUGUCUGUACAUAGUUUAAAACUUCAAUGAGAAGUAUUACUAGUUCAAAAGUUAACUUGCAUAUGAAGCACAUAAAUGCAAGGGACAAUUGUGUAGAGAAAAGAAAAGUAUUUGAUACAGUUGUACAUAAGAGUUUUCAUAUUAUAUAUAAAUAUAUAUAUAUAUAU